AACAACGAAAUUAGCCAGCUCUCUAAGUGGCCCACAAACAUGACUAUUGCCAAUACCAACAACAACAAUAACAAAGAGAAAAAAAACAACAACAAAACAAUCAAGCUCACUCACACACACACACCUGCCUCCCCCUCUCUCUUACUCACCUGCUUUCAAUUCGAACGGCGAUUGGGAUGGAGCCUCUCGCAGCGCACUUUUUUUCUCAGCUCCCUCAGUCUCGCUCAAAGCUUCGUGAAGGCAGCACACACGUCGCUCUGCUCUCCGAUCGUGGCUUUUUUUUCGUCAUUGCAGUCGCAGUCGCAGUCCGCCCGCCCGAUCGUGUGCGUUUCAUUGUUUUAUUCGAAAAUUCACGAAUAUUGUUCAAUUAAUGAUUCUGUUUUGGCAACCUGGCAUAUCCAAAUAAAAUACGAAAUUUCGAAAUCGAAUUUUUAAUCAAUUCCAUGCAAAUUGAUGUGCAAACACAAAAUUAAGUGAUUGCUUGUGAGUGUGUGUGUGUGUGUGUGAGUAAAGAAAAGUCACGAAAUAAAAAAAAAUAAAUAAAAAAUUUAUACAGAAAAUUGCAAAAUACACGCACAGGCUAUUGCGAGAGCUGGUAUUGUUGUCAAGGCAGGGCCGGUUUAUUAAUUUGACACCAUCGUGUCCCCAUGCCACAAAAAAAAAACAACAAAAUAAUAAUAAAAAAAAAAACAAAACACCACCGAAUAAAACAAAACGGAAACCAUGAAAAAAAAAACACUACAACAUAGCUCACAAUUUUUUAUGUAAAAAAUAAAAUAUAAUUAAAGAGAAAAUCGCCUUUCUCCUGCCCCGAGUAUCACAAAAACAAUAGUGCCGCCGCAGCAACAAUAAAAAAAACGGCAGCAUUGCACCGAAAAAAAAACAGUUACACUUUAUCUUUUAAGAGAUAUUGAAAAUAAAAAGGAUCUUGAAGAUGUUAAGAUGGAGAAAAAAAAUCAAAACACUUUAUAAAAAGUUUAAAAAUAACACACAAAAAUAACAAAGAAAUAGCUUUAUUUUGUGUUUACCCGAGGGUGCCACUGAGAAAAUACAGGGGUGGAGUAGGGGAGUAGGGAGGAGUGGUAGAGAAAGAGCGGGAUCCACGGCCACUGCCCCGUUACGUUUCGGCAAACACACAACAACAAAAAAACACAACAAAAAAAUAAAAAUAAAAAACAACUAAACAUAAAUCGCGUGUGCUUUUUGGGGCUUGAGUGUGUGGACCCGACUGGAAAUUUCUAUUAUUUUGUAAUUGAAUUCGUAGCAAGUGCUGCCUGCCUGCCUUGCCUCUUUUCAAAGUCAAAAAAAAUUUCAAAACAUUCCUCGGCCAGCAGGAAUUUUGACCGCCAAAAUGGCUGAAUCAUCGUGUUUUCGCUUAACAGAAGGGUUAUGCUUUUUUGAAUCACCUUUUUAGGGGGGGUAGUACUUUAAAUGCAACAUUCGCAUUUUAAGUGUUUUUGUUGUUGUUUUUAUCGUUUUCCAGAACGUGCCAGUCGUAGGGGCAGGUGGAGGUAUUUUGAAGGCAUUGGAAGCUUCAAAAGUUAUUUCCGCUUUUGAUAUGCAAAUAGUUUACAAAAAGGAUUGAAAAAUAUUCAGUUUGGUAGAAAAACUGGAGUUUUAUGAAAUGUCUAAGCAAAAUUAGUCAAAAAAAGCAUGGUUUUGAUAGAAAUUCUUGAGCUUUAUAAAGUUUUGAAGAAAAAUUAGUAAAAAUUCUGCAUGUUUGGACAGAAAAAGCAUGCUUUUUUAAAAAUAGGGUUGGAAAAUAAUAGUUUCUGGUAUAAACAGUUAACUCUAUAAAGUUCUUAAGCAUAAUUAUUACGAAUUUCACACUUUUUGAGAGAAAAACCAUGCUUUUUAGUCAAAAUUUCACAUAAUUAGACUGAAAAAGACUGAAAAAUGGGUUUGUUUCAAAAUUGAAAGCCUAUUUUUGUAUCAAACAGGAUCAUAAAGAUUAUGUCAUUAAGAAUUAAAGCAUGAUCAGUCUGAUUUUAAAUUUGUAGACUGAAAAAACAUGCUUUUUCAUAAGGGAUCAAAGAGUAAUAGGGUUGUUUCAAAAUGGAAAGCCUAUUUUUGUGUCAAACAGGAUCAUAAAGAUUAUGUGAUUAAGAAUUAAAGCAUGAUCAGUCUGAUUUUACAUUCUUAGACUGAAAAAGCAUGAUUUUUUCUUAAAAUUUUAAGAAAAACUAGGCUUAGUAGGAAAUAUAAAACCUCUUUUUGUGAGAAACUCUAUUAAAUAUCUCUUCAUAAAGAUCCACAACUCGAUCCGUUCCAAUUUGAAACUUUUUGAGUAAAAAGCAUGAUUUUUUUUGCUCGAUCAGCUGAUUCAGCAAGGUAAACAAAGCUUGGAAAGUCAUCUUCCAGUUCCAUGAAGUCUUUGACUCUCUUUUCUUGCUUUUUUUUUUUUGCUCUUAUUUUGCAUUUCAUGCGUUUUCCAGUGCGUUUUGAGGCUGCUUUUUUGGAUGUUUGGAUUACUCAUUCGCUGCUUUUGCUUUGUUUGCUUUUGUUGCUGUUGCAGUUGCAGUUGCAGUUGCCGCUUGGCCAGGCUUAAAUAAUCGGUUGCCGUUGCCACUGCCACCCAAUUACGCUGUUGCAUAUUGUGUUUCCACUUCCUCUUCCGCUCUUAGCUCUUAAAGCCGGAGAGAGAGUUGAGUCUGGCUUGGAAAAGAGAGAGAGGGUGUGAGAGAGAGGUGCUUUUUGUGUUACGUGCGCCGUUACUAAUGACACGAAAGUGAAUAAAAGGCAUCGGGCACGGGCUGACUGACAGUCUCUUCCCCCACCCACUUCCUCCACAUCCCAUCCCCACGCAGUACACUCGAAAAAAAAUUUGGAGAACUUGUCUUUGUUGAGAGAGCCGGAGAGCUUUAAGAAAAAAAUUAUAAAUUAAAUAAUUAUACAAGAUUGUGGCCUGCAGUUGUCGUUUUUUGCUUUUUGUUGCUCGUUCUUUGGAACACCUGUAAAGCAAAAGCAAAAACAAAAGCAAAGCACUAUCUGUUUAAAAGUGACUCCCCAAAUUGAUUUUUAUUUUUGGAAUUUUUUGAAUAAAAUUAAAACGAAUAGCAGCCGAAAGCCAAAAAUGUCUAGAGGCGGGCUUAAAUGGGAGACUAGUUUCAUUGAGAACGUUAAAAAAAUGUUUAUUGGCCCAUAAAAAGCUGAAUUUUUAUUUAAUUUUACUUUGUCUUUUAAAAAGCAUGCUUUUCUUAAAUGUCAGAUGGAAAAAUUAGUGAAAAAAAGCAAAGAUUACAAAAUUAAUCAAAGCUUAGUCAUUAGAGGUAGUAGAACUAGGUAGAAAAUGAUUUUAAAACCACUAUAUAAUUUCAGAAAAAAAAGAACAAAAAACUUGUUCCACAAAAUUGUAAUUACAAACAAAAGUUUCUCAGAAUCUCAGAACGGAAAGAAACAAGUUGUUUGGAACUAGAACUCUGUAGUCAUGGUCUGCCACUGGCACUGCCACUCUCACAACAACACACUAAUAGUUGCUAAAUAACAAAAAAAUAUGGUGAGUGGGGGCUUUUGUAGAAUUUACUCCCCUGAAGCUACGUUUAUUGGCAGUAGGCGACUUGUUUUGGCCAAUAAUUCCAUGACUUGUUCCAAGGCUGGGCCUGGGCCCCAGACUCGUGAGAUUAUCGCCAAGCCAGCCAGCAGCGAAAUUCGUUUAUUUGAACAGCUUUUCAGAGGCUCCUAUAUACAAUAUAUUAUGUAUUUUUUUUUUCCAACUUUAUGGUCAAGAGACAGUUGCCAAAGUGUUGUCACAAUUGUAACAGAGAUGUCUCUCUUGCCAGCUCUCGAAAAAGGUUCUUGAACUUAACAAAAAAAAUAAGCAAAAAAAUAAAACAGAAAAAUAAGAUUUACGGUAGAAAGUGUGGGGGCUGCGAGAUUUCCAUACAUGCAUAUUUAUGGGGAUAUGGAGAUCUUGAUCUUGGAACUGGGGACUGUGGACUGGGCCUUGUUUCCCUUUCUAUUCCCCCAACUAUCACGCAUUGUUUUCAUUGCGAAUUCUCACGCACUUUGGCCAUAAAUUUUCAUAUGAUUUAUGAUCACGCGGUGGAGGCUUUGUGUGCAAAGUGGAUCAGGUCAGUAGUCAGUAGACACUCGCUAAUCAGCUAAUCAGUUCACCCACGAUCCAAACUGGCUCUUGGCCAGCUAGCACUUUCUCGUUUAAGCCAUCCAAAAAUUCUAUUAGUUUUCUUAACAAGUUUUCUUAACCCAAACACCACCUGUCUCGAUCGCCUGCCAAAUGGCUGUUAUUAUGCCUCGGUGUCUGCCUGUCUGACACUUCCAAUUUGAAUAUUGUUUAUAUGCCAGUCUCUCUCUCCCACUUUUAUUUAUUUUCUUUCUAGUCUGCAGUUGACAAGUGGCGACUUUUACUUACAAUCCACGAUCGACGAUCCACGAUCGAGUCUGACCUAAAAAGCUGAUUGAAUGCGAUUGCAACUCUCUCAUUGUCGCUUUAAUAAACAAAAACAGUUUAGCUUUUUUUGCAAGUGUUAUUCCGGCUUCUAGAGGGUUAUAGGGUAUCGGAAAUAGGGGGUAUCAAUAGGGGGCUAUGAAAUAAAGGGGCCACAAAGCUUAAAAGUAUGAUUUUGACACUAUUUUUGUUACUUUUUUGACAUUAUUUUUGUCAUAAAGUUACUCUCCUUAUAAGAAAAGUGAUUCAUGUAUUAAAAAUGUCAUCUAACUCAUCUACAAAGCUAAGUUCAAGGUAUUCUAGGUUCUAUACGAGAUCCAUAGACCUCCCUCCCUCUCUCUACCUCUUCUUAGCUCUAACCAUUUUUUUCUCAGUGGCUUUCUAACCCCGGUAAUUGCCUGGUUUCCAGUCAUAAACCAUAGAACCGAGUUCUACGUAUUGUUUUUAUGACAAACGCGUCUUGAAGGGCACUCUCAAUAGCUCCAAUAGCGAUGGGAAGUGUUCUAGAGGGGAGUACAUGGCGUAUGCGCAAUGUAAGGGGGGAGUACAAGGCGUAUGCGCAAUGUACUCAUCAUAGUAUUAUUCUUAUAGUCUUUGACGACCGGUGGCUAUGAGAUUCUAACCAUUAUGUAGCCGUGGGACGCGGAAAGUGGAAUCCAAAACCAAACCAAAGAUAAAAUGGCAAAGAACGAAGCAAAGGCGAUCGUAAAUAAGUUAAUAAAUUCAAUCAAAAAAUCGAAUAAUCGAAAGUAACAAAAAAGAAAACAAAAAAUCAUAAAGAAAUCGAAAAAGCAAACCACACAAGAGGGAAAUUGCAUGACACUGAAGGCGAAAGUGACCACCACCACCACUCUUCUCCCCCUUCUGCCAUCAUCCAACUGCUGUCCACGUGCCCAGAAUGUCCAGGUGCGAUAACCACAAGUCCCGUCGCCAGCAGCUGCCCGUUCCGGCGCCCCUCUCAUCCUCCUCUCACUCCCACUCCCACUCCGCCCUCUCGAGCAGCAACUCGGAUUUGGGCGGGGCAGAGUCCUUCCUGCAAUACUGCAGCGAUAAUGAGAAGCGACCACCGCCCAUUGUGGUGGUGGUGGGUGAUGGGCGGAGCCGGGUGCGACGGGUGGUGCGCACCGCCACCAGGCACGUAACGGUGGUUAGUCUCUCCACCAGGCACAAGGAGACCCAGACCCACACCUCCCACCAUGUGACGGCAGUCAGCUUUCCACAGAAGAGCCUGGAACGCAGUGGCUCCACCCAGUACGACUUGGCUGGAGGACCACCCCAGGGCUCCGUCACCGCCACCUCCACCGACGGCAGCAGCGUCGGCGGCUAUGUCUACCUGCAGAACCACUACGCCCCCGGAGCCCACUCCGGCUCCGCCGCCGCCAUCAACUAUCCUGCCCAACAGCACCCCCAGAUGGUCUACCAGCUCCAGCAGUAUCCCACGUGCCAUCAGCAACAGCAGCAGCAGCACCACCAGCACUUACACCAGACCGCCGCCGGACACUACGUGCAGGUGGGUGGUCAGUACCACCACCACCACAUGCUCCACGGCCAUGCCCACCACCACGGGCAUGGCGGGGCGGUGGUCAUAGCGGGCAGUGGCGUGGGCACUGGCCUGGGAGCCGGGGCCACCAGUGUGAUGAUGCAACACCACCACCAGCAGCAGCAGCAACAGCAGCAGCAGAACAUGCACAAGAAGAACUCCAUACGGAACGGCGGGGAUGUCCUCAAGAGGACGCGGGCACAGUCGGCCUACGAACUCUCGCAAGAUCUGCUGGAGAAGCAGAUCGAGCUGCUGGAGCGCAAGUACGGCGGAUUGAGGGCCCGGAACGCAGCGGUGACCAUUCAGCGCGCCUUCCGCCACUACAUGAUGGUGAAGAAGUUCGCCUCCAUCACGGCCAUGGCCAAGGCCGAGAAGCGUCUCUCCCGGCGCAUGGUGGUGACGGCCAGCAACAUGACCCUGGCGGAGCCAGAUGCCACCAACACCAACACCUCCACCUCUUCGGCUUAUGGCAGUGCCACGGAAUCUCAACUGGAGCAGCAGCACCAGCAACAACAGCAGCAGCAGCAGCAGCAGCAGAUCUCUGCUCAGCAGCCACGUGUCACGAUCAUGGCGGGUCCCCCGGGAGCAGCUUCCCCGGGCUUAUCGCGGACACCGCCCACGCGUUCACUUUCCAUGCGGGAGCGACGUCAGCUGGACUGCAGUCCCAUUCCGCGUAGUCAGUCAGGAGCCUCCCCCGCCUCCAUAGCCAGCUCCACGGCCACCUCUUCUGCUCUCGCCUCGCAUCCCCAUGUGAACCUGCUGCAUGCCGCCGAGCCGCAUUACUACAACGCCCAGGCCAUGCCCACGGCGGCCGCCUACUACACCAGCUACCAUGGCUCCCCCCACGACCUGAGCUACGCCAGCUCGGCGGACACCUCGCUGAACGCCUCGUGGGUGAACUCCAGCGGUGGCCAACCCACCGGCCACUCCCCGCACACGCCCUACUACUCGGCGGCCCAGAUCUACAUGCGACCCAAGGGCGGCAGCACCACGCCCACGCCCAGCUGCAGCGGCAGCACAGGGAGCGGCAGUGGGGGCAGUGGCAGCUGCAGCGGCAGCGGCAAGAAGGUGCCACCGGAGGUGCCCAAGCGGACCAGCUCCAUCACCGCCCAGCAGCAGAGCCAGCUCCUGUUGCUGCAGCGACAGACGCCACCGCCUCCAUCGCUGCUGCGCACCAACGGACUCUGCAAGACGGCGGAGAACGGCAGCCUGACCUCCGUGCAGAGCUCCGGCUCGGACUCGAGUGUCACCUCCGCGGAGCGGAACAUGAACAGUGACUUGGGCUCGGAUCGCAGCAACUCCCCGCACACCUGGAAGCGAGGAACGGCCCUGAACAGCUCCCAGCAGUUCUCCACCCACUCGGCGGACUCCGCUGGACCUGCCCCGGGCCAUGGAGCUGGCGGCGGAGCCGGUGGCUAUGCCGCCCAGAUGCAGGCCGCAGUGGCAGCUGCCACGGCCGUGGGUGGCCUGCCGCCGGCCGACGACCAUGCCAUAUCCUCGCACACGAGCGCCGCCCAGUACGAGCAGCACGAACAGCAGCAGCACGAGCAGCAACAGCUCCAGGCGGCGGCUGCUGCCGCUGGGGUGGCCCAGAACUACAAGAUGUCGGAGACGAUCCGCAAGAGGCAGUACCGCGUCGGCUUGAAUCUCUUCAACAAGAAGCCGGAGAAGGGCAUCACCUAUCUGAUCCGGCGGGGAUUCCUCGAGAACACGCCCCAGGGAGUGGCCCGAUUCCUGAUCACCCGCAAGGGCCUGUCCCGCCAGAUGAUCGGCGAGUAUCUGGGCAACCUGCAGAACCAGUUCAACAUGGCCGUGCUCAGCUGCUUCGCCAUGGAGCUGGACUUGUCCGGCCGCCAAGUGGACGUGGCUCUGCGGAAGUUCCAGGCCUACUUCCGGAUGCCGGGCGAGGCGCAGAAAAUCGAACGUCUGAUGGAGAUCUUCUCGCAGCGCUACUGCGAGUGCAAUGCCGAUAUCGUGGGGCGAUUAAGGUCAUCCGAUACGAUCUUUGUCCUGGCUUUCGCCAUCAUCAUGCUCAACACGGAUCUGCACACGCCCAAUCUGAAACCGGAGCGUCGCAUGCGCGUCGAGGACUUCAUCAAGAAUCUGCGCGGCAUCGACGACUGCCACGACAUCGACAAGGACAUGCUCACCGGCAUCUACGAGCGCGUCAAGUCGGACGAGUUCAAGCCUGGCAGCGACCACGUCACCCAGGUGAUGAAGGUCCAGGCCACCAUUGUGGGCAAGAAACCGAACCUGGCCCUGCCCCAUCGCCGUCUGGUCUGCUACUGCCGGCUGUACGAGAUUCCCGACGUGAACAAGAAGGAGCGACCGGGUGUGCACCAGCGCGAGGUGUUCCUCUUCAACGAUCUGCUCGUCAUCACGAAGAUCUUCAGCAAAAAGAAGACCUCCGUCACGUACACAUUCCGCAACAGCUUCCCGCUGUGCGGCACUGUGGUGACCCUGCUGGACAUGCCCAACUAUCCCUUCUGCAUCCAGCUGUCGCAGAAGGUCGACGGCAAGAUCCUCAUCACGUUCAAUGCCCGCAACGAGCACGACCGCUGCAAGUUUGCCGAGGACCUCAAGGAGUCCAUCAGCGAAAUGGACGAAAUGGAGACGCUGCGCAUUGAGGCCGAGCUGGAGCGCCAAAAGUCGGCCCGCAACAGGGCCCCUGGCAACGCGGAGAACCGCGACAGCGGUGUGGCCGAUGUGGAGGUGUGUCCUUGUCCCUAUCAGCCAGGAUCCCAGGCGGCCGGCGAGCAGGCACCAAACUCGGCUGAUUCCACGCAGCAGCUGAAGCGCAGUGCGCUGAGCAACAGUCUCCUGGACAUGCACGAGCAAUUUGGCAACGAGAAACCGCAGCGGAGGGGAAGCGUUGGCUCCCUGGACAGCGGCAUGAGCAUCUCGUUCCAGUCCACCACCACGUCGAGCGCCUCCCGGGACAAUGCCGCUGCCAUAGCCGCGGCAGCCAAUGCUGCGGCAGCGGCCAAGAUGCGCUUUAACAUGCCACCCACGGCGGCCAUUGCCACGCCCAAUGUGUACGCGGCACCGGGAAUGCAGGCCUACACCCACGCCAACUUUGUGCAACAAUCUCAGGCCGCCUACAUGCUGCAGCAGCAACAGAUGCUCCAGCAACAGGCACAAUUGCAGGCUCAGGCGCAGGCACAAGCCCAGGCCCAGGCUCAAGCUCAAGCUCAGGCUCAGCCACUCACUGGAAGGAUACCGGGACGGGAGAGGAAGGCAUCCCGCACGGACGAGAACGGACGGUCGACGGAGGUCUAAGUCAAAGUCAUCUUAAGAGAUAUAUAUCUGUUUAAUCCGAAUCGAAACGAACCGAACGCCAUUUUCUUCAGAACCUAACACACUGCUUGGGAGUAAACCAUAUAUAGUGAAUUCCUGAAUGUUCCUUCGUUCUCUACUUACCAUAUAUAUUGUAAAUAAAUGAAACACUUGUCUGUUUCUGUUUCUGUUUCUGUAUCUGUUUCCACAAACACUAUCUGCAGAACACUAAAAUAAGUUUCUAAAACUAAAUUGUAUAUACAUCGGUAAAGCAUACGUCUAAUAUAUAUAUACACUCGAAACAAUUAACGAUACUAUUCGCUAAAUAUAAUACCCAUAAUUGUAUAAUUCUAAUCUUUCUCCAAAACACCAAUAUAUACCCCGUUUCUCUAAUCUAAUCCCGAUCUAAGUAAGGUCUAUUAGUGCGCGCUAUGUAUAUUAUAUAUUUUCUUAAUCCGACAUCCAGAAAGGAGUUCGCGAAGUAUAUACCGCGUGUAUAUACCUUGAAUAUUAAUUUAAAAGCAACUAGCUAUAAUUAUUCAUAUUUAUAGAGCCAAAACACUACCCAAAACCCAAACCUAAAAUAUUAAAUACGAGUAUAACAAAGGCGAACCCGAAAACGCAAAGUAUAUAAAAACAAAACAAUAUGUAUAUGAAAAAGCAAAAGACUUAAAAAUUUCAAUAAAUGAAAAGAAAUAAUACCAA